UAGUACUGUGUCUUCUCCGCCUUCUCCGGACCGAGCUACCCAACGGAGAUGGAAGAGGCGUCUCGGCCAAUUGCCCAGUCAGCUACCUGGCGGAUGGAUUGGCACAUCCUCCAAGAAAACGCUUCAUUCCCUCGUGUUCCUAGUGUAUACUCUGUGUUAUGAUGAAAGAUCCAGCAGAUUUGGUCUCAUACCACCAUGCAUAAGCAAGAAGAACGUCGGAAAUCGAGAUGAUCCAACGGGGUAGUCUUGACCGAGAAGUGGAACGUGGCUAGUGGUGGCUGGGAAUUGUUUGGGAAAAUAGACAGUUGACUGAGGCUGGACGAUUGAUCGCUGUCAACCUUGGUCUUCCUUUGCCUGCUGGAGAUAGAUACCUGCGAUGCUGCCAUGACCGAAACUGUCCGCCUUCAUAUCACCCCGUUUACUCCGGAUCUGCUGGGCGCCGUGCUGCCUGUGUCUGUUCGAGCUACGGCACAGGACAUUUCCUUCCACACCAUCCCGACCUUCCCCGAGAACAACUACGGCUACGUGACUCUGCCCGCGAUGGAGGCCGAAAAGAUCAAGAAGAAGCUGAACGGCUCGAUCCUCAAGGGCAAAAAAUUCAAAGUCGACAAGGCGCAUCCGCCCAAGAGACUUAGAGGCGAAGCCGAAGACGAGGAGCCAUCCUCGGAGCAGGCCCCGAGCACGAAAAAACCGAGUAAAAAGCGCAGGGUUGAGGAGGAAACAGAAACCGGGGUUCUGGAAGGCUUCGAGCUGCCGACAGACCGCAAGGUGAAGCGUGGCUGGACAGAGUCCAACAACGACAAGAAGGAUAGACGUCGAGCAGAUAAGAAGAAGGAAAAGAAAGAAAAGGGCGUCAAAGAGAAGAAAAUGCAGGCCAGGUCGAAAUACACGGAUAAGCCCGAGUUGCUGUUCCGGACCAACCUUCCUCCCAACCGGGUGUCCGACGCCAAUGAUGAAUCCAAAAACUCCACGGGCAAGGACAAGGAUAAGAAAAAGAAGGGCUCUGCGCGCGAGACCACCGUCCACGAGUUUGCCAAAACCGUCACCCAUCCGAGUUUCUUGCGCUCGGGCGAGGAACAGCAGCCCCCCACGAGUGAAUUUGUCGACGGCAAGGGCUGGGUGGACGGCUCGGGGAAUGUCAAAGAGCCGGCCAGUGAUCGGAUCCGCAGCAAGGAAUUCCGGCCCGGCCAGGUCCCAGGGGCCAAGGAAAAGCGCAAAGCAAAGAAAAUAGAGGUGGCCGUCGAGCCCUCUUCUGAGUCGGACGACUGGACCUCGUCAAGUGGCAGUUCUUCCGACGAGUCGGAGUCGGAGUCGGCGUCUGAGUCUGAGUCGGAUAAUGACAAUAGUGACUCGUCUAGCAAGUCGAGUGAAUCGGCCGUCUCUUCGGAUAAAGACACACAUCCCCCGGUAAAGGCCAGCAAGGCGAGUGCGUCGAACGAGUCCGAUCUACCAACCGAGACUGCAAAUGUCGAUGCCAAAGUCACCGGCGAAAAACAGCCAUCACAAGAAGUCCAUCCUCUGGAGGCUCUGUUCAAACGCCCAGCCGCUGAAGAGAAAAGCAAGGCUGCUGAGCCGACGAGCAAUCAGUUCAGCUUCUUCGGAGCGUCCGAAGACAUCGAGUCGGAAGAAGAGACUCAGGAAUCUGCCGAGCCGCAAACGCCAUUCACUAAGAAGGAUCUUCAAUUUCGUGGCCUACGAAGUGCUGCGCCAACCCCGGAUACUGGCUUGGUAAAUCGCAAGAUGAAACUGGAUGAAGACGAAGACGAAGACGAUGAUGAUGAUGAUGAGGAGGACGAAGAAGAUGAUGAUGAUGAUGAUGCUGAAAUUGCUACGCCGUCUUCAAAGUUCAAACCCCUCCCGGUGAAACAAAUACCAGAGACCGAGUUCACCAAGUGGUUCUGGGAGCACCGGGGCGAGAACAAUCGCGCGUGGAAGAAGCGGCGUCGUGAUGCGGCGAAGGAGCAGCGCCAGCGGGAGAAUCGUAAGAAAAACAUGAAAGGGAGGUCAUAGAUAUAUAAUAUCACUUCUAUGAGUUUUGUAGAUAUGUGUAUCCAUCAUUG